AGAGAGUUUCCACAGGAUUCAGAGAGUUUGUCCGUAUCUUAACUAUCCGAGAUCUGAUUUCCAAAUCCUUCUCAAACAAUUCAUUUCUGUGAAGAUAUAUUUAUAUCUAUUCCGGAAUCCUUUUCCGUUUCUAGAAACAGCUACUCAUCUUCCUCGACUUCUCUUUUCUCCCUCCUGGUGAGGAUGUCAAAGGGUCUGUGAGUUGAGAACCCUAAGCCAGGUCUCCCCGCGGUGUCCUGGCUAGUCCCCGCGCCCUGGGCCGGUUCAUCUCUCCGCCGCAGCGCCCCUUGCCAACCAACUCUGUCCAACUUUCCCUUUUAGACUCCGGCAGGGGCGCCCUCCAGGCAACCGGCUGCGGCGGCCAGAAGGGACCUCGGCUCGGAGACCCCCGAGCUGCUCGCCCAGCGCCAGCUGAUCACACUCGCCCGCGCAGCGCCCGCCGGCCCCCUCGCAGCCCGGCAGGUUCCGGAGCUUAGUCUCGCGCUCUGCCGCGCCCGCCCACCCUCGGCGUCUCGCGUCCGGCCCUUCCUCCCCCAACCCCAAGCCAUCCCACCUCUCAUCCUCGCCACCCCUGGGACAGCUCUCAGCUAAGCCGUGUCCCCUCCCUUGCAAACGCAACGACCACCCUCCCAACCCCCAGCACAACCCUCAGCGAGAAAGCCCAGCUGGGUCUAGCCAGUUACACCGGUCAACGAGGGUCUCCAUCGCAGCCGGCCGCCCUAAUUCACGCUCAUUCAUAUUCAUUCUCUUUUCUCUCUGUCCCUCUUCCUGUCUCCCCUAAGACUCCUAACUAGACAGGCCGAUCCUCCCCAGCGGCACUCCCUUUCAUUCUUCCCCUCCCACCACACACACACACACACACACACACACACACACCCGGACCCAGACAGCCCACUCCACUUUCCAGACGCCCACCUCCUACAUACUCCCCUCCCCUAAGCAGACAUUCACCCACUCACCAUCUGUAGCCUCCUUCCGCCCCCCGCCCCGCCCGCCCGCCCGGCUCCCCCUCCCCAAGAAGCAGACCUGCACAGUGGGACGCAGGGACCCCCGCCAAACGCUCUGGCCGUGCGCGCCGCACCGACCUCCGCCCGCCCCGCUGGGAAACUAACAAAGGCGGGCUCUAGCCCGGAGCCCAGGAGCCGAGAGCGGCGGCUGCGGGGCCGGGGAGCCUGGGCCGGGCCAGGCUAGGACUACUCCGGAGUCAGGAGGCAGCAGCGGCGGAGGACGCGGAUCCCUGGCCCUCAGAGCCUCUUGGACGCCGCCGGCACCAUGGGCUGCUGCACCGGGCGCUGCUCGCUCAUCUGCCUCUGCGCGCUGCAGUUGCUCUCAGCAUUAGAGAGGCAGAUCUUUGACUUCCUUGGUUUCCAGUGGGCACCUAUUCUUGGAAAUUUUCUACACAUAAUAGUUGUCAUAUUGGGUUUGUUUGGAACCAUUCAGUACAGACCUCGAUACAUCAUGGUGUAUACAGUGUGGACUGCCCUCUGGGUCACCUGGAAUGUGUUCAUUAUCUGCUUCUAUUUGGAAGUCGGUGGACUUUCUAAGGAUACCGAUCUAAUGACAUUCAAUAUCUCUGUCCAUCGGUCAUGGUGGAGAGAACAUGGGCCUGGCUGUGUCAGAAGAGUGCUGCCUCCCUCAGCCCAUGGCAUGAUGGACGACUACACGUACGUCUCUGUCACAGGCUGCAUCGUUGACUUCCAGUACCUGGAGGUCAUCCACAGUGCCAUCCAAAUACUACUCUCUUUGGUGGGUUUUGUGUAUGCCUGUUAUGUGAUCAGUAUUUCCAUGGAAGAAGAAGAUACAUUUGAUUUCAUAGGUGGACUUGAUACCCACUCCUACUACCAGGAUCAUGUUGAGUUAAAGCCUGUUAAGCCAGUCGAAAUAAGUAAUGACAUUGAACCAGAAAUGCGGCUGCUGAACUUGACUUAGGGAGCAAAGCACCACUGACUGACUGCGAGCCUCGGUGGAUCCGACCCGCCUCACGUUCCUUCCACCGGCUGGACUGUGCUUCCCAGCUUUCCCACAAAUCAUGGAGUUCUUCGGUCAUAGCCUUUGUAUUAUUAGCAUUGUUCUCUAGAUGAGUUUUAGGUACUUGGGUGGGUAUUUUUUUAGUCAUUUUUUUCUUAUAUAAACACUUGUAAAUCACAAAAAAAAAAGAAAAAGAAAGAAGAGAAAAAAACAAUUUGGUUUUAAAUUUUUAACAAUAUUUAAUGUGAGGCAUGCAAAAUGAAAAAGCAAAUCUCUGAAAAAGUUCUUUCUACAGUCAAUUCUAAGAGAAAUCUCAGUGCGUGUCAUGGAGAUGUGAAGUCAGCACUUCUGACUGUUGAAGUUAUUCUAAGCCUGAUGAACUUGUUUUAACAGACAUUACCUGUGGUUAUCAGCCACCAAGGUAGACCCUGUAACAACAGAUAAACGGGUACAAGUAAUGGAUCCAGCUUUCAGAUCGAAUAUUGGUCAUUUUUUUAACACCACACACCAAAACAUGAAGUCCUCCUUUGUUCUUGACUUCUUAAAACCCAGAACAAUAUUACAGCAAUCUAAAUUUUCAGAUUUGUGCAUAUCUCAUUCUUCCUGUAUUCUGAAAAACAAUAUAUAUAUAUACACACACAUACAUAUACAUACAUAUCGUGGGCACAUGGAAAAGCAGAAUGAUUAAUAGAACCCCUUUCUCCUUUGGAGGGAAUAUAGUUAUAUCUGAGGUCCAUAUUUUCUACUCAUUAUUCCAUUCCUGACACUGGUGUCAGACCUAAACAUACAGCUCAUGGGCUUGUGGAACAGAAAUCACAACCAUAGACCUCCAGUCAAGAACUUUGCUCUUGGGAUAUUCAAAACAAGCAUUAAAAUGCUGCGGCAUGCUCUAUCAAUACUUCUAAAGGAGACAUUUAUGUUUGAGCAACAUUAGCCUUUCUUUCUCCUACCCCAGCCCAAUAACCAAGAAAAUGAUAGAGUAAGGACUGUCUUGAAAAUGCAUUACAGUUGUGUUUUUUAAAUUGGCAUAAAAUAUAUAUAUAUGGUAAAAUGCACAAAUACUGAUGGUACAAUUUGAUUAGCUUUGAUUACACACUCGUGUAACCAAAGCCUCAAUGAAAAUGCAGAACAUUUCCGUCAGUUUAGAAAAUUCCCUUAUGCCCUCUUUCAGGAAAUGCCUACAUUCUCAUAGACAACCACUGUGCUGAUUUUCAUCAUCACUGAUAAUAUUGUCUGUUCUCAAUAUAAAAUAUAUACUCUUUUCACAUCGCUUUUGCUUAAACUUCUCAAUCACUAUUUUUUAAAAGAAGAUGUUUUGCUCACUGUGUAACAACCGCAGUGAAGCUCCCUAUGGGCCAGAAAGUUGUGCACACGUGGUUAUUAACUCAGUCCACGCAUCAGUAAGAAGUCAGUCUAUAAGCCACCUAAAACUGUUACAAAUGUUUCUAUGUGUGUAAAAGUCCUUUUUUUUCUUGUUCUUCUUUUGGAGCCUGUAGAUUUCAUGAGACUUUUUUUUUAAAAAUCAGAGCUUAACAUGGCAAAGUUUGCCUUCAUUCCUCCAAGCUCAUGACAACCACAAUGAGCCAUUUGGAGACCUAAUUUAUUCCUUAGCCUCCAGAUUAUAUCCCUUUAAUCUGUUAGUACCCACAAACUCCUGUCACUCAUUCCACUUAAUAAAUCCAAAUUCAAAAUAAAGAAAAGCUGGCAGGGACCUUGAAGAUGGUAGAAUCCAAGCCACCAUUCUGCAGAUGAGGGGGCUGAAGCCCAGGGGAUUUGGUGAACUUGUCCAGAGCCUAUAUCUUUACACAGGAGCAAAAGCCAUGACAACGGACAGAGAACAUGAGGCAAACGUUGCGGUUUGGGUCCCAUCCAUCACUGUGUUCUUGGACAGUGUUUGACAUCUCCGCACUGGAGUUUUCCUCAUCUAUGAAGUGGGACUAUGAUCCCUAUCUCCCAAAGGUGGGGUGAGAAUUUAACAGAAAAGGUAAAAAAAAAUUCUCAGUACAUGGUGAAGCACUCCACAGUCAAAGGAGGCGAUUAUUAUUAAUAAAGUCAAAUCGCUCCUCUGUACCCUGUCUGCACUUUCCACUCAAGCACUAUGAAGAGCCCACAGAAACAACUCACUCUUCCAUUUCCUAAAAAGCAGCUGGGAAAAAUGUUGCCCAAAUUUAAAUAAUUUGAAAUAAACUGAAAAGUGCUUUAAUUUAAAAAUAACUGUUUUAUUCAAAUUUCAUAAUGCUAAUAAUUAUUGUUAGUAUUGUAAUGACUAUUGAAAAAGCUGAUGAAAUGUCAAAACUGUAGAGAAUCAGUAAAACAGAAGGAUAAAAUGAGUAUUGAAAUCUUUUAAGCUGUCACUUAAUUACCCCCGCACAUACACACACAAAAAAACGUGGUUAACAUUUCACAAAACAGUACCGUACUAAACUUUGUUGCUAUUUUGUCUUUAGAUGAAUUUGUACAUACUUCUAGUAGGCAUUGCAGGGUCCUGAACUUUGUCUAAGUGCAGAUAACAGCUUUGAGGAGAAAAUCCUUACAUUAGGGAUCUGUCUAUGAAUAUUCAAAUAGGCAACUAUUUAAUAUGGUAUACGUGUUUUCAUUUUUCAUCUUUCUUUACUUAAAUAUGAAGUUAUAACUCUUUCAGUCCCCAACCACAGCAAUCCAUCAAGAUCGUCCUAGUGUUUUGGAAAAUUUGCCACUCAUCAGAAACAAGUUAGAUUGAUCUCCCACCUCCGCUUCUCUCUUUUCUUCUCCCUGCCUCUCAUCUUCUGGGCUGCUCUUUGGGGGAUAUGCUUCUGUAAGACAAAAGGAAAAAAAGAAGUGCAGAGUUGUACGGUAAUACUCAGCUGUUACCGGUUAAUCUGGGUAAUUCCGAUGCAGUACUGUCCCAGUUACUAUUCCAUGGAAGUGAAUGCUUGCAGUUCUUGCUUUUGCCUCCAGUCUUAGAGAAUGUACUCUGCAUUGUGCAUAUCCAGCAGGGUUUUCAGCAAAGGCAUGGUCACUACAUGCACCGUAUGUUCUUGCAAAACCUCAGCUUCUCCAUAUGCAAUUGUGUGUCUGGUCAGAGUAAGGGAAAAUGAAUGCAUCCCUUAGCCUGUACUCAUUGGCCAGAAUCCUCACUAUCUUAAGAGAUGAUGCAGCUCUAGAUUCAAGAGCUCUCCUCAGAAGUGGCCCUGGCAAAACUGAAGAUAGGACAUCCACUGCUCUUUAGCAUCUAGUGCUGACUGAAAUGGAGAGGUGGACAUUUAAAGCCAGUGUUUUUCCUCUUGGAGCCACCUUAGCACUGAGUCUUGUAAACUUUGGCCAACCCUUCUGCAGGCCGUGCCUUCUAUCUUGUGUGAAUGAUGCACUUUCUCAAGUGUCUUCUGCUGACCUUUUGCAGCACUGCAGGAAGCUGGGAUGAUUUCCAGCUUCGCUUUUCUUUAUUUGAGCUUCUGGUCAUGUUUCAAAGCCAGCAAUAUCUAAGUAAGGGAGUUAGAGGGAGGGUUAGAAAAUUACCAAAGGACACAAAAUGUCUUGGGGUGUGGAACAGCACACAUCAGAGAAAUCUCAAACAUCUCUUGGGAAAAUCUCUAAAUGUUUAUGUCCCCAAGUAUCUUGGCCUUCCACCUGCCACAUAGUGUGAGGGUCUGUGUCCCUCAAAUGAAAAUACACGUUCUUACCGCUUCAAAUCUGGGAGGUGGUUGGCUCAUUUGUUUGAAGACAACUUGACACUUUGUCCUAGCAAAAUACUGACUUCUUUGAUUUUUCCUUCAGAAAAAUAAAUCAUACUAUUGCUAUAGAUCUGAAUAAGGGAGGCAACCAGCUUCAAGAGGCUGGCUCUAACAAAAUACGGCAAGGCUGCCAUCUGUCUCACUUAAUGAAUAGGACACUCCUGCUUGGGAAUAAUUUGUCUUCAUUAAAACCAGCUAAAAUAUACAUUGCAAAUCUGAUGAAAACCAUCAUGACUCUCUGCUAAAUUGAGAAGCAAAAACCAAAAUUUCUCUUUUCAGUCUUAGCAAAUUAAAAGGAAUCUUGCCAAGAAUGAACAGAUCUUCAUUGCACCCCUAAUUUAAAAAUAAAUGGUGUCCCCAGAUAUGGACUAUCCUGGCUAAUUUUUUUAAAGCAAAUACUAACUUAUUUUUUCUGAGUUGCUUCAAUAUGUAAAUUGGAUAAAUUUUAUAGUUGAUUAGAAUGCAAAUGUUCUAACUUGACAUUUUUGCCUAAGAUACUUUCUUUCAAGGUAUAGCUGAAUUAAGUAGAAAAAUGUAAAUAAUUGAUUGUUUAAAACUGUAACACCUUGAAUGUCUGGGUUUUUGUUUCCUUCUAAUUUAAAAUUUAUUCAUAACCUUUGUUUGAUAGAAGGUCUGCUGAAGUUUCUAAGAACCAUGCUGAAAUAUUUGUGAUAAAUAGGCCCACAACUCAAGGCUACUGUGCCCAAAAGUGAACUGACACCAUGUCUGGCCAUCUGUUCCUUUUCUAACUGUUCACUAUGCUGCAUAGUGACCAGAAAGGGAACAGAUGACCAGACACGGUGGCUCAUGCCUGUAAUCCCAAAGCUUUGGAAAGUUGAGGUGAGAGGAUCACUUGAGACCAGGGGUUCAAGAUAUGUAUCUCUACACUCUAUCUCUACAAAAAAAAAAAAAAAAAAAACCUUUAAAUUAGCCAAGUGUGGUGGCAUGUACCUAUUGUCCCAGCCACUUGGAGGGUUGAGGGAAGAAGGGAAGAAGAUUACUUGAGCCCAGGAAUUAGAGGCUCCAGUGAUUGCACUACUGCACUCCAACCUGGGCAAGAGAGCAAGAGCCUGUCUCUAAAAGAAAAGAGAGAAAGAGAAAAGAAGAACAUAUAUUUUAAUUAUUAGAAAAAUGUAUUUAUCAAUAAAUAAUUCUCAAAAAAUGGAAUUAUCAAAAAAUUCAAAAGUUGUAGGUAACAUCUUUUUCAUCUGAAAAAAGUUUAGUUUCUUGUUGAAGACUAAAAAGAAAAAUGCCAAUUAUUGAAUGUGGAUAUAGCUUUUUAAAUAUUGAUAUUUGUAGAAAAAUUUGGUGGCAGGCAAAAAAUGAAUCAUCUUCUUUGAACAUUCAUUCAUAUAAAGGGUAAGAAUCAAUGUGAAAUACUAAACAUUUUUUUAAACUGAAAUAUUUGAAGAAUCCAAAAUAUGCUUUAGCUGGAGCUUGAGAGCUGAGUAAAAAGAAGAAACAAAUAGAAGGUAGAAAGAAAGAGAGAGGGGAAUGGAGAGAAGGUGAGGAAGAGAAAAAGAAAGCAAAGGAAUGCAUAGGGAGACAGGAAGAAAGAUUCCAAAGUUGAAAGUCACCUAACUGGGAUUUGAACGGUGUCAAUUCUUAAUUCAGAGUUUUGUUCUAAUUUCUUUGAUUGACUACAAACAUUGAAUAUUUUCCAGGUAAGGCACGUUUUUCCCUUCCUCUUCGGACCUAGUAAGAAACAGUUUGACGAAACCAAUGAUCUCUCCAGUCCUCAUAGAAUUGGCUUUGACAGACACCUUUGAUAGUCUACAUUAGUUAGAAUUAGACUCAUCUACAAGUGACAGAAAAAGAAAAAUGACAAUGGAUUAAAUAAGAUAGAGGUGUAUUUCUCUUUUUAUUUCAAAAUUCUGGAGAUAGUUGGCGAAGAGGUGGAUGUGAUUUCCCUAGAGACAAGGACUAAGACUCCUCUCUUGUUGCUUCAUCCUCUGUGGCCGCCAUUUUCAAGACCAUAACACAACUCAAAAUGGCUGCUGAAGCUCCAGCCAUUGCUUUUGUAUUCUGGCCUUGGAGAUGGAAAAGGAACAAAAAAGAGUGCUUCUUUCCAUUAAGGAUAUGACUCAGAAGUACACAUACUACUUCUGCUUACCUCUCAUUAGCCAAAACUUGGUCCGUCCCAAAAUUUGAGGCAAAGGAAGCUGGGUAUCACAGUCUCUAUUCUUAAUCACUUUAUACUUAACUAAAAAUUAGGAGCUUUGCCGGGCAUAGUGGCUUAUUCCUGUAAUUCCAGCAAUUUGGAAGGCAAGGGUGUGCAGAUCACUUGAGCUCACGAGUUCAAGAUCAGCCUGAGAAACAUGGUAAAACCCCAUAUAGAGAAAAAAUACAAAAAUUAGCUAAGUGUGAUGGUGUGUGUCUGUAAUCCCAGCUAUCUGGGAAGCUGAAGUGGGAGGAUUGUUUGAGCCUGGGAGAUGGAGGUUGCCAUGAGCAGAGAUCAUGUCACUGCACUCCAGCCUGGGAGAUGGAGCCAGAUUUUGUCAAAAAAAAAAAAAAGGAGGAGAGGAGGCUUCAUUUAUUAGUAACAAAAGGAAAAUAAACUAAUACUUAGCAGUUUCAGUCACACAGUUCAAACUAAUUGACAUCAUUUCUUGGAACAGUGUUUUCAUUUAUACUACUUUAAUUAUAAUACAUUCUAGAAAAAUGUAUAUAUAUUCUUCUGUUCUGUGAGAAAUUUAAUCAUCAGGUCUGUGAAAUGAGAAUUUCUGCCUCAUCUUGUUUCCUUAUCUUGUCUUUGUUGUUAGAAAGAAAUGAAAAUAAAUCUAUGGCACUAAAUCCUUCUGUAUUUUCCAUAAUUUUGCAGAGUGGUUUGGCUUUUCUUCUCUAAAAUGGAAUUUAAAAUUUAGAGCCAAUCUAAUGUUUUGCUUGGUCCUCAUUGUCCUGCCACAAUAAAUUAAUGCUUCUAUGGUCAUAACACUUAGCUAUUUUAUUUUGGUAGGGCCUUCUCUUCCUGAUUGAUUAGUAUUAUUAUUAUUUUCUUGCUAUCCGGCUUAACAAGUACAUAAUAGAUAGUGCUUAGGAAGUGAAGGGUAGGGGUGAUAAAUAAGAAGUAUAUGAUCUUUUCUUUUCUCUCAGUAAAAGCUGGAUCUGUUUUUCCCUUCACCUAUUUUUCUUCAAGAUAUAAUAUUGGCUACAGUGGAAUGAGUAUUUAAAUUGUCCAAAAAAAUACAAUUGAGGGAAUUCAUAAAAUUUUUUGUAUAUAUAUAUAUAUUUGGGGGAGCAAAAUAGGACUUUUUAUUUUUAUUUUUAACUACCAGAUUAAGUGUGCAGAUAAACCAAAUGCUAAUCUUUUAUCUUUCUAUUUUUUCAAAUAGAAAAAUGAAACUAGGCCGGGCGCGGUGGCUCAAGCCUGUAAUCCCAGCACUUUGGGAGGCCGAGGCGGGUGGAUCACGAGGUCAACAGAUCGAGACCAUCCUGGUCAACAUGGUGAAACCCCGUCUCUACUAAAAAUACAAAAAAUUAGCUGGGCAUGGUGGCGCGUGCCUGUAAUCCCAGCUACUCAGGAGGCUGAGGCAGGAGAAUUGCCUGAACCCAGGAGGUGGAGUUUGCGGUGAGCCGAGAUCGUGCCAUUGCACUCCAGCCUGGGCAACAAGAGCGAAACUCCAUCUCAAAAAAAAAAAAAAAGAAAAAUGAAACUAAUGUCAAUAAUUAAACCUCCCAAGAUUUUCUUGUCUCUCUGUCAAUAUCAAGUUCAUUGUCAACUUACAUGCUUCCCAGUUUAUAUUUGUGAAGGCAGAUUAUACACAUGAGACAGUGGUGAAUAAAUCCACCCCAAAAUUCCUUUGCAGAUCUUGAGUAUUAGACAUCAAUCUCCAUGACUUAUUUACGUUCUUUUUUUAGAUAUAUGUACUUAAAGUUCUGGGAUAUAUGUGCAGAAUGUACUGGUUUGUUACACAGAAAUAGUUGUGCCACGGUGGUUUGCUGCACUCGUCAACUCGUUAUCUACAUUAGGUAUGUCUCUAAUAUUAUCCCCCCAUCCCCUGACAGGCCCAUGUGUGAUGUUCCCCUCCCUGUGAUGAUAUAUUCUCGUUGUCCAACUCCCACUUAUGAGUGAGAACAUGCAGUGUUUGGUUUUCUGUUGCUGUAUUACUUUGCUGAGAAUUAUGGCUUCCAUAUCCAUAUCCCAUAUCCCUUCAUCUAUAUCCCUGCAAAGGACACGAACGCAUCCUUUUUCAUGGCUGCUUAGUAUUCUAUAGUGUAUAUGUGCCACAUUUUCUUUGCCCAGUCUAACACUGAUGGGCAUUUGAGCUGGCUCCAAGUCUUUACUAUUGUGAAUAGUGCUGCAAUAAACAUAUGAGUGUCUAUGUUUUUAUAGUAGAAUGAUUUAUAAUCCUUUGGGUAUAUACCCAGUAAUGGGAUUGCUGGGUCAAAUGGUAUUUCUAGUUCUAGAUCCUUGAGGAAUCACUACACUGUCUUCCACAAUGGUUGAACUAAUUUACACUCCCACCAACAGUGUAAAAGUGUCUCUAUUUCUCCACAUCUUCUCCAGUAUCUGCUCUUUCCUAACUUUGUAAUGAUCACCAUUCUAACUGGCAUGAGACAGUAUCUCAUUGUGGUUUUGAUUUGCAUUUCUCUAAUGACCAAUCAUGAUGAGUUUUUUUUCAUAUGUUUGUUGCCCACAUAAAUGUCUUCUUUUUAGAAGUGACUGUUCAUAUCCUUUGCCCACUUUUCAAUGGGGUUGUUUUUUUCUUCUAAAUUUAUUUAGGUUCUUUGUAGAUUCUGGAUAUUAGCCCUUUGUUAGGUGAAUACAUUGCAAAAAAAUUUUCUCCCAUUCUGCAGGUAGCCUGUUCACUGUGAUGAUAGUUUUUUUUGGCGGGGGGGAGGGGUUUGUUUUGUUUUGUUGUUUUGGUUUUUGUUUUUCGGUGUGUGUGUGUGUGUGUGUGUGUGUGUGUGUGUUUAUUUUAUUUUAUUUUAUUUUUGCUUUACAGAAGCUUUUUAGUUUAAUUAAAUCCCAUUUGUCAAUUUUGACUUUUGUUGCCAUUACUUUUGGUGUUUUAGUCAUAAAGUCUUUGUCCAUGCCUAUGUCCUGAAUGGUACUGCCUAAGUUGUUUUCUAGGGUUUUUAUAGUUUUAAAUCUUACAUUUAAGUCUUUAAUCCACUUUGAGUUAAUUUUUGUAUAAGGUGUAAGAAAGGGGUCCCAUUUCAGUUUUCUGCACACGGCUAGCCAGUUUUGACAACACCAUUUAUUAAAUAGGGAAUCCUUUUCCCAUUGCUUGUUUUUGUCAGGUUUGUCAAAGAUCAGAAUGGUUGUAGUUGUGUGACAUUAUUUCUGAGGCCUCUGUUUUGUUCCAUUGGUCUAUAUAACUGUUUUGGUACAAGUACCAUGCUGUUUUGGUUACAGUAGCCUUGUAUUAUAGUUUGAAGUCAGAUAGCAUGAUGCCUCCAGCUUUGUUCUUUUUGCUUAGGAUUGUCUUGGCAUACAGGCUCUUUGUCCAUUCCAUAUGAAAUUUAAAGUAGUUUUUUUCCAAUUCUGUGAAGAAAUUCAAUGGUAGCUUGAUGGGGAUGGCAUUGAAUCUAUAAAUUACUUUGGGCAGUAUGGCCAUUUUCAAGAUGUUAUUCUUCCUAUCCAUGAGCAUGGAAUGUUUUUCCAUUUAUUUCUGUCCCCACUUAUUUUUUUGAGCAGUGGUUUGUAGUUCUCCUUGAACAGGUCCUUCACAUUUCUUGUAAGUUUUUAUUUACAAGAAAUGUGAAUAAAAUACAUACACAUUUCUUGUAUGUAUUUUAUUCUCUUUGUAGCAAUUGUGAAUGGGAGUUUGCUCAUGAUUUGGCUCUCUGCUUGUCUAUUAUUGUGUAUAAAAAUGUUUGUGAUUUCGUACAUUGAUUUUGUAUCCUGAGGCUUUGCUGAAGUUGCUUAUCAGCUUACGGAGUUUUUGGACUGAGAUGAUGGGGUUUCCUAAAUAUAUAUAAUCAUGUCAUCUACAAACACAGAUAAUUUGACUUUCUCUCUUCCUAUUUGAAUAUGCUUUCUUUCUUUCUCUUGCCUGAUUGCCGUGGCCAGUACUUCCAAUACUAUGUUGAAUAGGAGUGGUGAGAGAGGGUAUCUUUGUCUUGUGCCACUUUUCAAAGGGAAUGCUUCCAGCUUUUGCCCAGUUAGUAUGAAGCUGUGGUUUUGUCACAAACAGCUCUUAUUAUUUUGAGAUAUGUUCCAUCAACACAUAGUUUAUUGAGUGUUUUUUAGCCUAAAAGGGUGUUAAAUUUUAUUGAAGGCCUUUUCUGUAUCUAUUGAGAUAAGCAUGUGGUUUUUGUCAUUGGUUCUGUGAUGGAUUACGUUUCCUGAUUUGUAUAUAUUGAACCAGCCUUGCAUCCCAGGGAUGAAACCAACUUGGUCGUGGUGGAUAAGCUUUUUAAUGUGCUGCUGGAUUCAGUUUGCCAGUAUUUUAUUGAAGAUUUUUGCAUCAAUGUUCAUCAGAGAUAUUGGCCUAAAAUUUUCUUUUUUUGUUAUAUCUUUGCCAAAUUUUGGUAUCAGGAUGACGCUGGCCUCAUAAAAUGAGACAGGGAGCAGUCUCUCUUUUCCUAUUGUUUGGAAUCAUUUUAGAAGAAAUAGUACCAGCUCCUCCCUGUACCUAUGGUAGAAUUUGGCUGUGAGUCCAUCUGGUAAUGGGCUUUUUAAAUUAUUAGUAGUAGUAGGGUAUUAAUUUCUGCCUAAAUUUCAGAACUUUUUGUUGGUCUUUUCAGGAAUUCGACUUCUUCCUGAUUUAGUCUUGGGAGGGUAUAUGUGUUGAGGAAAUCCAUUUCUACUAGGUUUUCUAGUUUAUUUGCAUAGAGCUGUUUAUAGUAUUCUCUGAUGGUAGUUUAGAUUUCUGUGGGAUCAGUGGUGAUCUCCCCUUCAUUAUUUUUUACUAUGUCUAUUUGACUCUUCUCUCUUUUCUUUUUUAUGGGUCUAGCUAGCCAUCUAUCUAUUUUGUUAAUCUUCUCAAAAAGCCAGCUCCUGGAUUCAUUAAUUUUUUGAAAUGUUUUUCUUAUCUCUAUCUCCUUCAGUUCUACUCUGAUCUUAGUUAUUUCUUGUCUUCCACUAGCCUUUUGAAUUUGUUUGCUCUUGUUUCUCUAGUUCUUUUAAUUUUGAUCUUAGGGUGUCCAUUUUAGAUCUUUCCCGCUUUCUCCUGUGGGCAUUUAGUGCUAUAAUUUUCCCUCUAAACACUGCUUAACUCUGUCCCAGAGAUUCUGAUAGGUUAUGUCUUUGUUCUCAUUGGUUUCAAAUAACUUAGUUAUUUCUGCCUUAUUUUCAUUAUUUACCCAGUAAUCAUUUAGAGGCAGGUUGUUCAGUGUCCAUAUAGUUGUGCAAUUUUGAGUGAGUUUCUUAAUCCUGAGUUCUAAUUUGAUUGCACUGUGGUCUGAGAGACUAUUUGUUAUGUUUCCAUUCUUUUGGCUUUGCUAAGGAGUGUUUUACUUCCAAUUAUGGGGUAGAUUUUAGAAUAAGUGCUAAGUGGUGGUGAGGAGAAUGUAUAUUCUCUUGGUUUGUGGUGGAGAGUUCUGUAGAUGUCUAAUAGAUCUGCUUGGUCCAGAGCUGAAGUUCAAGUCCUGGAUAUCCUUGUUAGUUUUCUGUAGUGUUGAGCUGUGUAAUAUUGACAGUGGAGUGUUAAAGUCUCCCACUAUUAUUGUGUGGGAAUCUAAGUCUCUUUUUAGGUCUCUAAGAACUUGCUUUAUGAAUCUGGGUCCUCCUGUGUUGGUUGCAUAUAUAUUUAGGAUAGUUUGCUCUUCUUGUUGCAUUGAUUCCUUUACUAUUACAUAAUGCCCUUUGUCUCUUUUUAUCUUUGUAGGUUUAAAAUUUAUCAGAGACUAGGAUUCAAAUCCCCGCUUUUUUUUUUUUUUUUUUUUUGCUUUCCCAUUUACUUGGCAAAUAUUCCUCCAUCCCUUUACGUUGAGCCUAUGUGUGUCUUUGCACAAGAGAUGGGUUUCCUGAAUACAGCACACAAUGAGUCUUGACUUUUUAUCCAAUUUGCCAGUCUGUGCCUUUUAAUUAGGACAGUUAGCCCAUUUACAGUUAAAGUUAGUAUUGUUAUGUGUGAAUGUGAUCCUUUCAUUAUGAUACUAGCUGGUUCUUUUGCCCAUUGAUUGAUGCAGUUUCUUCACAGUGUCGAAGUCUUUACAUUUUGAUUUGUUCUUGCAGUGGCUGGUACCAGGUUUUCCUCUCCAUAUUUAGUGUUUCCUUCAAUAGCUCUUGUAAGGCAGGCCUGCUGAUGACAAAAUUCCUCAGCAUUUGCUUUUCUGUAAAGGGUUUUAUUUCUCCUUUACUUAUGAAGCUUAGUUUAGCUGAAUAUGAAAUUCUGGGUUGAAAAUUCUUUUCUUUGAGAAUGUUGAAUAUUGGCCCCCAAUCUCUUCUGGCUUGUAGGGUUUCUGCAAAGAGAUAUGCUGUUAGUCCAAUAGGUUUCCCUUCGUGGGUAACCCUCUGGCUGUCCUUAACAUUUUUUUCCUUCAUUUCAAACUUGGUGAAUCUGAUGAUUGUGUGUCGUGGUGUUGCUAUUCUUGAGAAGCAUCUUUGUGGUGUUCUCUUUUUUUUUCCUGAAUUUGAAUGCUGACCUGCCUUGCUAGGUUGGGGAAGUUCUCCUGGAUAAUAUCCUAAAGUGUGUUUUCCAACUUGGUUUCAUUCUCCCUGUAAUUUUCAGGUACACCAGUCAAAUGUAGGUUUGGUCUUUUCACAUAGUCCCAUAUUUCUUGGAGGCUUUGUUCAUUACUUUUCAUUCUUUUUUCUCUAAUCUUGUCUUUAUGCUUUAUUUAAUUAAGUUGAUUUUCAAUCUUUGAUUGAUUCAGCUAUUGAUAAUUUGUAUGUUUCAUGAAGUUCUCAUGCUGUGUUUUUCAGCUCCAUCAGGUUAUUUAUGUUCUUCUCUAAACUGUUUAUUCUAGUUAGCAGUUCCUCUAACCUUUUUUCAAGGUUCUUAGCUUGCUUACCUUGGGUUAGAACAUGCUCCUUUAGCUUGGAGGAGUUUGUUAUUAUCCACCUUCUGAAGCCGACUUCUGUCAAUUCAGCAAACUCAUUCUCUGUCCAGUUUUGUUUCCUUUUUGGAAGAGAAGAGGUAUUCUGUUUUGGGGAAUUUUCAGCCUUAUUGCACUGUUUUUUCCUCCUCUUCAUGGAUGUAUCUGCCCUUGGUCCUUGCUGUUGGUGACCUUCAGAUGGAGUUUUUGCAUGGUCAUCCUUUUUGUUGAUGUUGAUGCUAUUGCUUUCUGUUUGUUAGUUUUCCUUCUAACAGUCAGGCCCCUCUUCUGCAGGUCUGCUGGAGUUUGCUAGGGGUCCACUCCAGACCCUGUUUGCCUGGGUAUCACCAGCAGAGGUUGCAGAACAGCAAAACUUGCUGCCUGCCUGCUUCUACCUCUGAAAACUUCAUCCCAGGGAGGCACCCACCAAAUGCCAGCUGGAGCUCUCCUGUAUGAGUUGUCUCUCUGACAGGUGGCGUGGGGGUCAGGGACCUAUUUGAGAAGGCAGCUGUCCCUUAGCAGAGCUGGAGUGCUGUGCUGGGAGAUCUGCUGCUCUCUUCAGAGGUGGCAGGCAGGAACAUUUAAGUCUGCUGAAGCUGCGCCCACAGCCUCCCCUUCCCUCAGGCACUCUGUCCCAGAAGGAUGGAAGUUUUAUCUGUAAGCCCCUGACUGGGGCUGCUGCCUUUCUUUCAGAGAUGCCCUGCCCAGAGAGGAGGAAUCUAGAGAGGCAGUCUGACUACAGCAGCUUUGUGGCACUGCAGUGGGCUCUGCCCAGACGGAAUGUCACAUGGGCUUUGUUUACAAUAUGAGGGGAAAAUUGGCUACCUUAGUAAUGGUGGAUGCUCCUCCCCUCACCAAGCUUAAGCAUCCCAGGUCGACUUCAGACUGCUGUGCUGGUAGAAAGAAUUUCAUGCCUGUGUAUCUUACCUUGCUGGGCUCCAUGGGUUUGGGAUCUAUUGACCAAGACCACUUGGCUCCCUGGUUUCAGCCCCCUUUCUAGGGGAGUGAAUAGCUCUGUCUUGCUAGCGUUCCAGGUGCCACUGGGAUACAAAAAGAAACUCCUUCAGCUAUCUCGGUGUCUGCCCAAACAGCCGCCCAGUUUUGUGCUUGAAACCCAGGGCUCCAGCGGUAUAAGCAGCUGAGGGAAUCUCCUGGUCUUUGGGUUGUGAAGACCAUGGGAAAAGCAUAGUAUCUGGGCUGGAGUGCACUGUCCCUCACAGCAUGAUCCCUCAUGGCUUCCCUUGGCUAGGGGAAGGAGUUCCUUGACCCCUUGCACUUCCUGGGUGAGGCGAUACCCCACCCUGCUUCUACUCGCCAUUCGUGGGCUGCACCCACUGUCUAACUAGUCCCAGUGAGAUGAACCAGGUACCUCAGCUGGAAAUGCAGAAAUCACCUGCCUUCUGCACUGGUCUUGCUGGCAGUUACAGAUGGGAGCUGUUCCUAUUUGGCCAUCUUGCCCCAGAAUCUGUAAUUAUAUUGUAUUGUAUAUUCUUCCUAGGCUGGGUCUGUGUGUGUUUGUGUGUGUGUGUGUGUGUGUGUGUGUGUGUGAAAGACAGGGAGAGACAGAAACAGAGACAAAGAGACAGAGACAGAGAAACAGAAACAGAGACAUCUUCCAGGUAUUGCUUAUUAAGCAAUAUUCCAUGAAGUCACUGAAAAGUGUUAUAUUCUCCUAAUACCUAGUGUUGGCAAGUCUGGCAGCUGUCACUGAUGAUUUAAAGAAGAUUGGGUGACUUAUUCAUGUACACACAUAUCCACAAUCAAACUUCAACAGCUGAGUGUACCCUUUUCUAAAUAAUCACAUUGCUAAAAUGUGCCAUAUGCCCCAUUUCUUUAAGUGAUAAGUGGUAGAUUAUUAUUUUGGGGAGUGAAAGUUGAAAGAAAUAAGAUGUCUAAUACAAUGUGAUAUUUUCUCCAUAUAAUACAAUUUUAGCAUUGAAAGGGACCUCAGCAAUUCCAUUUGCCCCAUUUACAGAUAAGGAGACUGAGGCUGCUAGUUACAGUGGCUUUUGCUUUGUGUCCUGUUCCACUGGGGCUCCAUGCAAGUUCUCAGUCUAGUCCUCUUUCCUCUCCACUUGGUGGCCAUCAGCUGUAACAAGUCCUGACUAAACCAGGACUUUGUUGUUGGCUACAAUUUGACGUCUUUUUUCCUGAGCUUGUUCUGGCCCUGCUAGUCAAGGCUGCAGGGGAGCUUCAGAAAGACACCUGCUAUUGGCUUACCCACUCUUUGCCUUUCCUCUGUUUGGGUCUGAGCAUCAGAAAGUCACCUUCCAGCGAGUCUUUGUCUUGCUUUAGUCUUGUAUUUGCUUUAUAUUCAUCUUUACCUUUGUCUUCUGCAGGCAAAGAAGAAAUUCUAGACUUCAGAUCACUGUUCUUUGCUUCCCAAAAGACAGAAGAGCUCAAUCCUGGCUGCCAUGUUUUUUCUUUACUCUUAGUUUAAAUGUAAUUCCACAUGCCCUAGACAAGCCUCCUGAUAAUUUUUCAUCAAACAUGAAAAUAGCUUUCUUUUAACUGCUGGAUGUCAGUCUCUUCUAAAAAUUUGUUCCUACAGAACUGAUUUUGCAAAUCAGUGCUUAAUGUCACUUUUUGACUUCCUCACGUAGUUUCAUUUCUUUGACAUAUCUUUUUAAAGGGGAUUGCUCUCUUCUUCUGCCUCCUCAAAUCUAUCUUUAACCUCAAAUACCAGUCAUGCAAUGUAGUUUUAUUAAAUAAUAUACUAGAACCAUCUAUCUAAUGUGAAACCAAGCAUAAUCAUUGCAAUUAUUCCUGUUGAAUUCAUAUAAUAAUAACACAAAUAAGAGUAUGACAUAUAUAAAUGGUGAUUAGCUUUCUGGUUCCUUCAUUAAAACUUGCAUUGUGUUGUGCAGCCUUUUCUUUGCAUUGUCCAGGGGUUUUGUUAUUACAAACCAUAAUAUUUAACCCAUUUAUUCUACCAAUAUCUUUUAAUAUUUACUUCAUUACGUAGCUUUUUAUUUUUGACAUGUAUCUAAACUAGAAAAAAUGUUUCCUGUGCAUGAUAUUUUUAGGCAAAACAUAAUGUAUGGAGCACCAAGUGAAAUACCUGUAGAGAAUGAAAUUUUGGGCAAUUUGUAUGGCAUGCUUAAUUUGUUUCUACAUCACAAGCAAAGCUCAUUAAUUAUAUUUAUAAUUUUAAGCCACUUGUUUAAUGUUAUGGAUUUUAAAAAUCAGUUGAUUGGUUUUAGAAUUUUUAAUAAUACAGAGAAAAGCCAUUGAUUAUGGAACUCAAAUUAUCUAAGGUUUACCCAGAAGCCAGAAGUCAAAAUUACUUGGCCCUCUGUAAAGUUCUCUUUAUGAUCCUAGGCCCACGAAGUCUUUGGUCUGAAGUCUCAGAGCUUAAAUUGCAUUGGUCCUGUUAAUAUUUGUCUAAAAGGAAGUUUGUGCAGUGGUUUCAGGGUAGGGUUAAGAAGAUAACUCCUGGUCCUAUUUUAUUCUUUCUUCCUUUGUUCAGUACUCACGGCCAUCUACAACCUUCCUUGAUUCUAUUAUUCCUAAGCCUGUUAUUUCCACAUCUAUAAAAAUAGUGCUACAUAAUAAUUACAACCUUUAAGAAAAUGGAAUUUUCAUUAAAUGGUCCCUUCAAAGCUAUGAUGCUAGAUGACAGAUGUUAUUAGAAAGCCAGAGUAUUAGUAGCACCCAUGAUAAAAUAAGAAUAUGUCUCAUUUUCUUUUAAAGGCAUAGAUAUUCCAUUUUAAUCCUGAAAAAUUCAAAGAAAAUUUGGAUGUUAACACUUCAAAAUACUUUUACCUCCUUGAGGAGAACUCUGAAGUGAAAUGAAUUAAUAUCCAUUUCCGUUUCUAAAGCAAAAUGCCUGACACAGACUAACAAAGCUCUUUCUCAUCCCUGUUAGGAACUUAGGGGUGAGAACUCACACUGAGAACUUGUGAUGUGAAAACACUAAGGAAUUUCUGCCACUGCAGGAAAAAAAAAAAAAAAGACAAAAAUGGUCUUCUCGGGUGAGCUUAUCUUUCAUAUUUUUCUGAGACUUCCUAUAUAUGACAAGAACUCUGCUGCCUGGCAACCUCAUGUAUCCACAACAGAACUAAAAACCAUAAAACAAAUCUCUAUCCAAACAGAUUUUAUAAAAUCCACACUCUAAAACUCUUGAGUUUUCUUUAUAGGAAAGCUCUCCAACUCUGCGUUUAAAUCCUAUCUACUCUUAACUGAUACACAAUUCAAAUUACCUUAGUGAAAUAAUUUUCAAGCACAUAACAGAUUAAAAGCAGAAAAUGAGAAAGGUAUAGUAGAUAUUAUGUAAAAUAAGCAGAAACAGUGACAAUAAUUAAACACACUAUUGCUACCUAAAGGAAUAGAGAUAGAAAACUCAUGUAAAACUCUGAGCCAUAGUUUUAUGGGGAUAAUUAGGGUAAGAGUCUCCAGGCAGCACUGCAUUGCUUUACAAAACAGCAUUUCAUUUGCAUUAUGAUGAAUUCAGACUAUCAAUGUAAAAAUUCAUUUGUGUGAAUUAAGAACAAAUAUCCUUUUCUCCAGAUACUUUCCCUUCAUCUGUCCUGAAAUUAUGAAUUAUUGACUUUUAUUUAAAUAAGAUACCUUACUUUGAUCUGCUGGAAAACUUUCUGAUAAUCAUACAGAUCUUCAGUGUCUACAAUUUGAAUGGGAGCCUUUUCAUUUUUUUUUUUUUUAUUCACUAAAGUUUGGACACUGUACAACAAGUUUGGUCCUCUUGUGACUGGGUAAUUGGUCUAUACACUGCAGAUUAGACUAUUUAUAAACACUGAAGAAUUUUCAGGACAAUACAAAUUUCACUACACAUGAACAGAGGUGCUUGGCAGUAUUCACAAACAAUCCCAUUGACUGACUCUGAGGUGUACAUGUUGAGACUAAUAAAUAUAAUAUGUCCCAUGAACUUUAUAUGAAGAUAAAUUUUAGUGUUAAAUGUCAUCCCUCAGAUGAAGCGAUCACCUCUGUCAGAAUAAUUUGCUUUCUUUUUUUAAUGGAUUGGAGGUUUCAGUGGGAUGGGAGAAUCACAAGGAAUCAGGUGUUCAGAGGAAUGUAUUGAGUAGAGGUGAGGAAAUAAGAUGUUGAAAAGUAAAAAAAGGAGAGAAGGAGAGGAAGAAAGAGGAAGAAAAAGAGGGAGAGAGAACAGAAAUAUUGCUUCAUUCUAAAAAUGGGUAUUAGUAAUGGCCAAUCAAGAUUUUGUGUAUUUAAAAUGGAGAACUCUAUAAAUAUUUAUUGAGUUUACUUGUUCCAGAUCUGAGUUGAAGUCCUGGAUGUCCUUAUUAAUUUUCUGUCUCGUUGAGUCUAAAUCUCGUUAUGGGUCUUAUGUAUCUGGGUAUUAAGAUCUCUUAUUGUUGCAUUGAUCCUUUCACCACUGUAUCUUUGUUGCUUUGAAAUCUAUUUUAUCAAAUGUGAGAAUUGCAACUCCUGCUUUUUGUUUAUUUAUUUAUUUUUGCUCUCCAUUUGGUUGGUAAAUUUUUCUCCAACCCUUUGUUUUGAGUCUUUGCGUAUCUUUGGAUAUACCAUUAGGUUUUGGCUGUAUCUUUUGAUUGGGGGAUUUAGUCGAUUUAAAUUUAGGGUUACUGCCAUUUGAUGUUAACUGGCUAUUUUAUCCAUUCGUUGAUGUAAAUUCUUCUUUAUGUUGAUGCUCUUUACUUUUUGGUAUAUUUUUAGAAAGGCUCAUACUGGUUGUUCCUUUCUAUGUAUAAUGCUUCUUUCAGAAGUUCUUGUAAAGCAGGCCUGGUGGUAAUAAAAUCUCUGAGUACUUGCUUGUUCAUAAAAUAUUUUAUUUUUCCUUCAAUUAUGAAGCUUAGUUUGGCAGGAUAUGAGAUUCUAGGCUGAAAGUUCUGUUCUUUAAGUAUGUUGAAUAUUGGCCCCCACUCUCUUCUGGCUUGUAGGGUUUCCGCUGAGAGAUCUGCUGUAAGUCUAAUAGGCUUCCCUUUGUGGAUAACCUGGCCUUUCUCUCUGGCUGCCCUUAGUAUUUUUUCCUUCAUUUCGAUCCUGGUGAAUCUAACAAUUAUGUGCCUUGGGGUUGCUCUUCUUGAGGAAUAUCUUUGUGGUGUUCUCUGUAUUACCUGGGUUGAACAGUGUCCUGCUUUGCUAGAUUGGGAAAAUUUUCCUGGAUAAUAUCCUGAAAAGUAUUUUCCAGCUUGGAUUCAUUCACUCCAUCGCAUUCAGGUACACCAAUCAAACGUAGAUUGGGUCUUUUCACAUAGUCCCAUAUUUCUUGGUGACUUUGCUCAUUCCUUUUCAUCCUUUUUUCUCUCUUCUUGUCUUGUCAUUUUAUUUCAUUAAGUUGGUCUUCGACCUCUGAUAUCCUUUCUUCUGCUUGAUCCAUUCUGCUAUUUAAACUUGUGCAUAUUUCACUAAGUUCUUGUGUUGUAUUUUUCAACUUUGUUAGUUCAUUUAUAUUCCUCUCUAUAUUGUCUAUUCUUUUCAGCAUUUCGUCAAACCUUUUUUCAAAGUUCUUAGUUUCUUUACAUUGGGUUAGAACAAGUUCUUUUAAUUCCCAGAAGUUUCUUAUCAUCCACCUUCUGAAGCCUACUUCAGAUAAUGGAACACAGUUCUUUUCCAUCAGAACUUGUUCCGUUGCUGAUGAGGAACUGCAAUCCCUGUAGAGGGAGAGGGGUUCUGAUUUUGGGUAUGCUUGGCCUUCUCAGGCUGGUUUUUUCCCUUUAUUAUAAAUUUAUCCAUCUGUCGUCUUUACAAUUACCACCUUUCUAAUUAGGUUUCUGAGUCGACGUCCAAUUUAUUGAUUCCCAGUGCUGAGAUUCAAGCAACCCACUGUGAUGGCCAAAAUAGCAGCAAUAAGACUGAUGGUGCUCUUCUGCCCAGGAAUUUCUGGUCUGGCUUCCUUCUUCAGUCCGCAACAAGUGACUCUGCCUUCCUGGAGCUCCAAACACCGGUCAGUAAAGGAACCAGUCCCAUUUACUCUGCAUGAAGAGCUGCUGUGCCAAGGUGCCGGCAAAACCGCUGCACCGGCCACAAGAGUUGCGCUGGUGACCCGUGGGGCUCCUCCACUAGAAAUCUGCUGGUCCGUGAGCGAUGAAAAUUUGUCUGAAAGUGUGGCAUCCUCUCGUUCUCUGAGCUUUCACUGGGAGCUACAAUCCUGAGCUGUUAGUGAUCAGCCAUCUUGGAUCUCUCUCUGCAUGGGAGCCUUUUCAAUGUGGCAUUGCUGUUUCUUACAUAACCUCACAAUGAUGUGUAGUAGCUCUGCACUCAUUAUGGUUUUCUUAAAUAAUUAGGUUGGUGUAAACUAUAUUUUACAGAGUCUUCCAAAAUGCCUCUCCUUCCAAAAUGGCUAAAAGGGCAAGGCAUCAGUAGUUCUGCAGAUAUGCACCAUGCAUGUUCUGAAGAGGAGCCACGGUAUAGUGAGAUGUUGUAUCUGGGGAAAAAAAUGAAUAGAUUUUCAAGAUUGUGGGCCCAGACGUGAAGUUCUCUAGAAUUCUCCCCUCUGAUAAAUUUUCCUUUACCUAGCUGUUGCCAAAUUUUCUCUUCUAGCCAAAUGCCCUGAUUUUUUUGUUGUUGUUGUUCCAAAGUUAUCAAAAUUCCAGGGAUAUUUCACAGAAAAGAGAAAUGUUUAUAGCAGGCAUGGGUGUGGCAUGCUUUCUCUUUGGGAAAUAGUCAUCCUCCACAAGAUCUUGCCCACACUCAAAACAAAUUUGCUUCCCGUCACAUUCUUGGUCUCUCAGCAUUCUGUAAAAGGAAAUCUCCUCUUUGUUGAUAGUGGAGCCUAUAUCAAACUGAGACAUGUUUCUUCUUUAAUGGGUAAGUCGGAUUUGCUCUCUGGUAUGUAAAACUGACAACACCCACAAGAUACUACGGAGCUGGAAGUUUCACUGCCAAGUAGUUACCAUACCAGCAUUUGGUAAACCAGCUCCCUAGGUAAGACAGCGUCACACUAUCUACCAGUAUCCACUGGGGGGCAAGUUAUGAUUGCUGCUUCCUUCUUUGAAAACACCCCUGCUGACUGCUGAAUACCUACUGCAUGUGAGGCACUGUGCAGACACUAGAAAUACAAAGAAAAAAAAACAGAUUCUACCUACAGAGAGCUCCCAGUCGAGUGGUGAAGAAGUGUAUUAACCCUCAAGGCCCUGAGAAAAUUUCCAAUAGUGCUCUGCAUAAGCCAGUCCUGAUGGGAGGUGCCGGUGCUUUUCUUCCAGAUUUGGAGCCCUAGCAAUCCCAGGAUGAAGGAGAGCCCAUUUGCAACCCUCUCCUGUCACCCGAAGCAUUUGACAAACACUUAGUGGAGCAUCUGUUUUGUGCAAAAAGCUUGGGAAGUGAUAAAAACAAAUCGAAUUCACGUUUUUAAUUUAGGGAGUUUAGGAGAGAAAUCCUAGUGUAGAUUUCACAAAGUCAAUGAUUUGCUUUCUUUGAGUUUGCUCUCUGCAACCAACACCUGUUCGUGCUGAUACUGAAGUCCUGCUAGACUGCCUCAUUCAUUUGGUGGUUAUAGCUCUGGAUGAAGGAGCAACUGGACAAAACAAGCCCCACCUCUUGCUCAGGGCCCAACAGAUUUCAGAACAGCAGUCUCCCAUUUAAUUUUUUAAAUUUAUUUUUAAAAUAUAUUUUAGUGUGUUUUAGGUUUUGGGGUACAUGUGAAGAACAUGCGGGAUUGUUGCAUAGGUACAUACAUGGCAAUGUGGUUUGCUGCCUUCCUCUCCAUCACUUAUAUCUGGCAUUUCUCCCCAUGUUAUCCCUCCCCAACUCCCCACCCCUGCAGUCCCUCCCCUAGUUCCCCCCGACAGACCUCAGUGUGAUGCUCCCCUCCGUGUCCAUGAGUCACCCAUUUUAAACAAACCAAAGCGCAUCUGACAGACCACUAAAUUUUCAUUGAAAGAGCAUGUCUACAGCUCCUAACAAUCAAAAACAUUUAUGACCACUGCAUGCUUCAGCGAAAUCAACAGAUGUCUUCUUGUUACAUGCAUGGUGAUCUGAGAGUGGUGACAUGGGACCUAGUUUGACUAGUUAGUGUUUAAAUAAAACUUAACAGAACAGGCAGCUAAGGAAACUCAGUAAAAGACCAAAAGCGAUGCUCCGAGGGAGUCCCUGGGUAACGUGGUGUAAUUGCAGAUUGACACAUAUUUGGGGUUUUUGCUAUUGUUUUCAAAAACUAGAUAUUAUUGCUUUAUUAUUAUGUUGAUGAUUAUUAUUAUUGAAAGCACGAUAGCAAUGUUUAAGUGAUGAGAAUCACUCUCAGCCUCUUUUUGUUGCUGUGACUGACAGAACUAACCUGAGUGUGCUCUCAACGUUCACAAUACCGACUCUGCCAUCUUAUGGAAAAUACUGGAAGUACCUAAAGCAUUUUAUUAUAUUUCAAAGGCACGAGUUGCUGGUAAGAGGAACAGAAAGACAAGAACAUUUACCUUUUGUCUAUUUCUACUACACGUUUUUAAUCUUUAACAUUUUUACCAGCAGAAAUCAUUUUUUUUAAAUCUCUCAAUCUUCAAAUAAUUCUUAGAUUGCUUGCCAAAAAAGAUAUCUCUCAAUCUUGACACGAAUUUAAUGUAAAAAUCUUGAAUGAUAUUUUGUACUGAUAUGAAUUUCUACUGUUCCAUAACACUGUGUAGUGACUUCACUGUAUAUUAACUUCUUUGCUACAGAUGUUUGAGCUACCAGAUGAAUUAAUUGAAGAAGUCAAGCCUAGCAGGAGCUAUCCUAUACAAUGUUGGUAGCUUGUGAAAAUAUAAAUGUCUUUUUUCUUACUGGUAACAAGACUUGGUUUCUCAAUUAAUUUUUACAUUUUUUGUGCAUAUAAUACCUGUAUAUUAUACUCAUAUUUGAAAGUGAUCAGAAAGUGUUAUUUAAUAGAAACUACAUACAUUUUUUAUGUCUCUCUGGACCCUUUGAUUCUGAGUAAAUCUACAAUAAGUUAGCAGUAAUAGACUAUUCUUUUCAACUACGAAUAAAAAUGUACCUUGAAGUAGAA